CACCAUCGAAAGCCCGCCUCUCCCGUUCGCUCCAAAGGUGGGGCGGCUUCGAUCAGGCCGCAGCCGCCCCCCCCACCCCCUCCUCUCCCUUUAGAUACUUUUUCCCUCUUAAGUCAAAAAGCUAGAUUACAAAGAAAAGUGGAGAUAAAAUUCUCCUUUCUCCGACGGUGGCGAUGUCCGCCUUUUUCCGGCGAGCUCCCAAUCUCCAGAUUCCCUCCCCGCCGUCGAAUCACCGCCUCUGGUGGUCCCACCAUCACCACUCGAUCUCCCCUUGUUUGACUCAGCCUCGCGAUGCCAUCGCAGUCAGUGGAGCUCUCCGAUCCCUGGACCCGAGAAGCGGGAUCCGGUUUCUUGAUCCGGUCGUCCUCCGGUCUGCCGACGGUCGGCCGCGGAGGAGGAGGGGAUCGGUGGUGCGGGGAUGCGCGCUGGGGGGCAGGGUCGGGGAUGUGGAGGUGGAGCGGCGGCGGAAGAGGAGGGCGGAGGUGGUGGCGGCGGCGGCCAUGACGGCUUUGCUGGGGACCGGAAACCGGGUGCUGUAUAAGCUCGCGCUGGUGCCUCUCAAGCAGUACCCUUUCUUUCUCGCUCAGCUCGCCACGUUCGGAUAUGUGGUGGUUUACUUCUCUAUCCUGUAUGCCCGCUAUCAUUCUGGCAUUGUUACCAAUGAGAUGCUUUCUCUACCAAAGACUCCAUAUCUAGCUGUAGGACUCUUGGAGGCUCUGGCAGCAGUAUCAGGAAUGGCAGCUGGAGCUGUUCUUUCUGGAGCAUCAAUUCCAAUAUUAUCUCAGACCUUUCUUGUUUGGCAGCUUCUGUUAUCAGUUAUUUUUCUUGGGAGACGAUAUAGAUUCAACCAAAUUCUCGGUUGUUUUCUUGUAACCAUUGGUGUGAUAAUAACUGUAGCAAGUGGAUCUGGCGCUGGUGAUUCAUUGAAAAAUGCUGGAAUUUUUUGGACACUAUUGAUGAUAAUCUCAUUCUUGUUUCAAGCUGCUGAUACAGUGUUGAAGGAAACAAUAUUUUUGGAUGCUGCUAAGAAAUUGGAGGCAGGAUCGGUUGAUCUUUUUGUGGUGAACUCUUUUGGAUCUGCUUUCCAAGCACUAUUCAUUUGUCUCUUACUACCUUUCUUGUCAAAGUUAUGGGGUGUUCCUUUCAAUCAGUUGCCAACAUACAUUAAAGAUGGAGCAGCCUGUUUCCUAAAUAUAGGAUCAUUAUCAAGUGGAUGUGAAGGAGCACCAGUGCUACCACUGUUGUUUGUCAUUGUUAACAUGGCAUUCAAUAUAUCAUUGCUACAUCUUCUCAAGAUCUCUUCAGCAGUAGUCUCUUGCCUUGCCUCCACUUUUUCAGUUCCCCUCUCCAUCUAUGCGUUCACACUGCCGUUGCCAUACAUCGGAGUGGCAUCAUCGUUGCCGGCAGGCUUUGUCACAGGGGCGGUGGUACUUGUGGCUGGCCUCCUCCUCUACUCCUGGACUCCACCUUCAGGUCCUACCACACAUACUCAACCACAACCACCAUCACUGGCCCAAGGAUAGAGAUCACAUCAUAUCUUUUUUUUUUUCCUUAUUUUUUCCCUUCUUUCCUUGCAUUCAAUAAGGUAGCAUAAAUCGCCAGCACUGGGUAGAGCAGUUCUCCUGGGGGCAGCAACCUGUUUGUGUUAUUCAUAUUUAAUGGGAUAAGAAGAGAAGGCGGAAUGAUGGAAUAAAUGAAACAGAAGACCACAUCUCCACCGUCUUUGUAUGUUAUAUUAGCUUACCAUCAAUGGUUCUUUACUUCUAUACUCUCUUAUUUUUCUUCCGAGCGGCUGAAUAUAUAUUGACAGCAUGUGGGUACAUGAUUUUGCAUGGGAGAGUCUUUGAAUGGAUGGGUUUGAUUCAUUGAUGAGGAGGGGUGUCAGAAGAUGCUGAUAUGUUGUGGGAUGGGAGGAGAGCAAGAAAGACAAGGAGGAGCAACAUUGCAACAGGGAUCAAGAGGAGUGGUGGAGGUGGUGGCGGCAAAGGAGGCAGCACGAGCGGCAGCAAUAGAAGAACUGCCAUCAGCACCACCAGCACCAGCACUGCCUUCGCACCGAGAGGCAUCGACCCUCCUCUUCCCCCUACAGCAACUGCUGCUUCUGUUAUAUCUCACCCUUCCUCAUGAAGGAGCUGAGAAUAUCUCCAACCAAAUCAGUCCACUCUUUCCUCUAUGCCUCCAUUGAAGUCAUCCUUCACAUGCUUAAUCUUGCUCUCUUUGCACGUAUUUAUCAUUAAAGAAAAAGCCAGUGAAGAUAGGGAGAUUCUUUGAGAGGCUGAGCAGCUGAUGGAUUGUGAAUUGAGAAUCCAGAAAAUAAUGAGAGAGUGAUGGUUGUGGACAAGCCUAGAUCUGAACAGAAAGACAAAAAUGGAAGCUAUGAAGAGAUGCAAUGUAUUGGAACAUAUAAAGGUCUAUGCGACCUGAUUGUUUAUUAAUAUGGUACAGUAAGUUCUUCUUCCAAGGUCAGGAUACCAGAAAGUCUUUGCUAAACUACAAACCUCGUACCCCCUUGGAUUUCAAUAUAAAACCAAGAGGAGCCCCUUGCUUACAUGGUUUGAUAAAUGAGACUAUCCUAAAGUCCAAUCAACAAUCAAGACCAGAGAAACACCUUGCCAACAUGGUUCUGUAAGUGAAAUGCAAAGCAAGUGAAAAAAAACACAUGGUUGUGUAAUCGAGGACCACUACAAGGCAUGUGCCAAUGCUUGGUAUAUGCUUUAUCUCGGAUUUUGCCAUGUUUAUUCAACAAUUGAAAAGUUAAUACUGGCUUCUUAUUUAUCA